CUAAGCUUGGGUGGUGGGGUGUUCCGCAGGAAGGCGCCCGACUACGAGGACAUGAUGGCGAUGGGGCGCAAGGCGGUGGACGCCGUCCAGAAGGCGGGCGGCCAGCGCUACCAAGUGGGCGCCGCCACCAAGCUGCUCUACCCAACCUCCGGUGGCUCGGACGACUGGGCGAAGGGAGUGGCGGGCAUCAAGUACGCCUACACCGUGGAGCUGCGGGACAAGGGCGACUACGGCUUCUUGCUACCCGCGACGCAGAUCGUGCCCACGGGCAGGGAGACCUUCGCAGGCAUCAAGGCUCUAGUGCGAGCCAUUGCGUGCAAGACGUGAGGAAAUGGAGCAUUAACAAAAACGGUUUAACCGUUUUGGUAGCC